CUCGUGCAUUGUGCUGAGGGGUUUGGGUUUGUUGCGCGGUAAACUGAGAAAUAACACGUUUUGUUUUGUACCUUUUCUGACAGAUUCUAGUCUGAAGAUAUUAAGUUCUUCAUCUACACAGGUGGAGUGAUGACCAGCUUGGCCACUAAAGUGUUCUGCAGGGCAGAGAGAGUAUGCCGUCAUCUGCCAGUGUUGCUCAACACGUUUUUGGUUUUCUCCAUUACUGGGGAAGUGAGCUACUUGGUUUUGGUGGAGGCUCCGUUAGAGGCAAGCUUGAAGAAAACUGCGUGGUCAGCCUGGUGGAAAGCAGUGCAUUUAAUAGCUCAGUACUUCAUGCUUGGAAAUAUUUGCUGGAACUCGUUGCUCUUCCUCAAGACCAGUCCUAGUAUAAAGGGAGUGUUCUUGGGAGAAGGCAUGGGACAGGGUUGGAGGUAUUGUUAUACAUGUGAGGCCCACACACCUCCCCGCUGUUCCCAUUGCUAUGAUUGCAAGGUGUGUGUUCUUCGCCGUGACCAUCACUGUGUUUUCUUUGGCCAGUGUGUGGGCUUCCAUAACUACCGCUACUUCCUGAGCUGCCUGCUUUUUAUGUGGUCAGGACUACUGUAUGCCACACUGAUGAACGCUGAGGUCUUCAUAGUCAUACUGAAGGAAGGGGUGACAGUUCAUAGUGUUCUGCUGCUUUUGAUUCCCUGGAUUAUGUUGGUAUCAGGCCGAGUCUCUGCAAGAGCAUUUGCAUUUGCAUUUAUUGCUGACACAUGUGUGGUGGGCUUCUUGUUGGUGUCUGCUUUUUUCUUCUUCCACCUUUUCCUGAUGGUCAGGGGACAAACGACAAGGGAGUGGUACUCCUCACGGCGCCCUUACAAUUUGGGACUACUUCGCAACCUGCAACACAAUUUAGGCCAUUAUUGGUAUAUUUGCUGGCUCUGCCCACUUAUCCCUUCACCAAUGCCUGGAGAUGGCAUACACUUUGAGGUCACAGGGUCACUAGAGCCUACCAGAUAAUGGAUUAUAAUUAUAUUUAUGAUUUUUUUACACUGUAAUGUCAAGUACUGAAUGAUUAGGUUGUAAUUUCAACAUUGCACUGCAGUUUGGUAAUCCCAAAUGUUGUUUUUAUUUUGACAGAAUGUUCCAACACAUAUGUGUUUAUUAAGUAUGAUGUGCUUUGGUGAAUUAUUAUGCUCCUUGCCUUAAGACAAGUAGGCCUGUUCAAAUUUUUUGAAAAUAUUUUUAUUACGUAAUUGCACUGCUGUAUCUUGUUUAACUGUCGUUAUUGAUGUGUGUAUAUAAAUGAGAUAAUAAAAUGUGUGUUUUGUCUG